AUGAACUCGCCGCCGAAUUCGCUUAACCGCCAAUUCAACGAUUCUUCAACCCCCGAAUCACGGAAGAACGACGAUUCUCAAACGACGACUUUCCACGAUACGCAUAACCAUCAGUUCACUUUUCAUCACCAAAUGGUCCCCCCGUCGCCAGAAUCUUCCAUCGUCUCUCCGCUCACUGUCGGCUCCACCCAUGAAGCUGCCGUCAUACAAAGCAUUGAACGCGGCGAGUAUGCCAUCGACGACGCCGACGAAACUCGCAGCUUGACCGAUAGCAUUCGACAACACAUCGUCGACGGCGGUCUCAGGAAAUACCUUUUCCCCAACGAUGAAGCUGAGCAGGAUCGUGAGGAGCUCAAGCACAACUUGACGGUGUAUCUAUGCGAUGAUAGAUUAUUCUUUGCGCCCAUUGAACGUGUUUUGGAUCAGGGUGCCGAGGUACUCGAUCUCGGUACAGGAAUUGGGAGAUGGUGCAUCGAUCUUGCUGACAUCUACCCCAAAUCUCAAUUCCACGGCAUGGACCUCUCACCUAUACAACCUGACUGGGUUCCCGAAAACGCCCUCUUUUUUGUCGACGAUAUUGAGCAUGAAGCUGGCUGGACAUACUCUGAGGACUCGUUCGAUUAUAUCCAUAUCCGCCAUACUCUUCAUUCAAUAAAGGAUAGAGAGCAGCUUUGGGAGCGAAUCUGGAAGCAUUUAAAACCCGGAGGUUAUGUGGAAGUCCAGGAAUUUGUCUUCAUAGCCGCCUGUGACGACAACUCAUGCGACGGACCUUAUGCUUGGCGCGACUGGUGCAGAUACCUGAAAGAAGGCAUGGCUGCUCUCGGCACCGACAUUCACGGCAUCAACUAUGUCCACGAAGAGCUCACCCAAGCUGGCUUCGAAAACAUCACAACGAAUAGCUACAAGUGCCCCGUGGGUCCAUGGGCAAAGAAGCCACGACUUCAAGAAUGCGGCCAUGUCAUGCGCGACGCUGUAAUGUGGGGUCUCGUUGGUCUAUCCCGACGCCCUUUCCGCGAUGGUCUCGGCUGGACCUUGAUCCAAAUCGAAAUGUUCCUCGUCGAAGUCCGCAAGUGCUUAAUGGAAGAAGUCAAUGGUCUACCGAGGUAUCAUACUUACUUCCCCUAUUACAACACACAUGCUCGGAAACCACUCAACGCGCCACCAUCGUCGGCAUGA